UCCGGACUCCACCCAUCAGCCGUCCUCGCUCCACAGUUCGUGGAAAACCUUGUCGCUGUUGCUACACAUCGGCCCGACUGCUUCUGUCUCGAGGGCUCAAAAGCGACCAGUCUCUUCUGUAAAAGGACCGGAAGUGAUCACCUCGAGGGAGAUAACUGUGGGAAAAUAAGAAGCAGCUGGACGCUUCAUAAUUCGGCGGCAUGUCCAGGUCAGACUACCCUCCAGGGUACGAGAACUCCCAUGGUCCAAUGUACCCACCUCAGGGCGGGGGCUACCCGCCUCCACCUUCUUAUGGCUUCCCCUCCUAUGGUGGUCCUCAGCCAGGUCAGCCUUUCGCUCCCUAUCCAAGCGACCCAAAUGCCCCUCUGUUCCCGGGCCAGCCAGCGGGGUAUCCUGCCGCUCCGUACCCAGGACAGCCUCACCCUGCAGGACCUCCAGGAUCGGGCUACCCUGCCCCACCACCAAUGCCUCCAGUCAUGCCCCCCAUCAUCCCAUCAGGGGUUCUGAGCUCAGACGAGGAGUUCGCGGCGAGCGGCAGCAGCUGGGACGACAUGAGCAUUCGGCAUGCCUUCAUCAGAAAGGUUUACAUGAUCCUGGCCUCCCAGCUCCUCCUCACCACAGCCAUUGUUGCCAUAUUCACCUUCGUUUCACCGGUCCGAGAUUUUGUACGGAAAAACCAGGCUGUGUACUGGGCGUCAUAUGCUGUAUAUUUCAUCACCCACCUUGUGUUGGUUUGCUGUAAAGGCCCACGGAGGAAGUUCCCAUGGAACAUUAUUCUGCUGCUGAUCUUUACUCUGGCUCUGUCUUACAUGACUGGAACAAUCUCGAGUUACUACGACACAAAAGCUGUGUUUCUGGCUCUCGGGAUCACUGCUGUUGUGUGCAUCUCUGUCACAGUCUUCUGUUUCCAGACAAAGGUGGAUUUCACAAAGUGCCAGGGCCUCUUCUGUGUCCUCGGGAUUGUCAUGUUUGUGACCGGCAUCAUCACAGCCAUUGUGCUUUCCUUCAAAUAUAUGUAUUGGCUUCACAUGCUGUAUGCGGCGAUAGGAGCCGUAGUGUUCACUCUGUUCCUGGCAUAUCACACUCAGCUCCUGAUAGGAAACAGGAAGCACUCCAUCAGUCCGGAAGAGUACGUCUUCGCCGCCCUGUCCAUCUACGUGGACAUCGUCCAGAUCUUCCUGUUCCUGCUGCAGAUUAUCGGAUCCGUCACCAAAUGAUGGGUCCGUCAUGGAUCCGGGUGCUGGACACCAAAUGUUCAGUACCCGUUUUGGAUGGGUGCUGGAAAGCAAUACGUUGCUUUUUUUUCCUCUGUUACAACUUUUACUUUUUUUUUUUUACUAAACUAUAAAAAUAUAUAGCAUUUAUUAAGCUAUUGAACCAAUGCAGGGAAAGAAUCAAGUGGCUCAAUCAGAUUUUUGUUACCAUGUAGGGAGCUAUGAAAACUACUUUUAUACUUGUAAUGUACAUAUUUAUACUAUGCAUUCAUCAUCUAGUGAUGAUAAACACCCGUUUAAAUGCCACAUUUAUAUCACCUAUAGCAUUACAGAUCUAUUUUAAAACUUUUCCUACCUUGUUAAUGCGCCACAUGUCGAGAGUUCAGUUGGAAAACAAAAAAAUAUUUAAAAAUGAGAAAACAUAACGUAACUGCCAUCAUAUUUCAGUGUUUUCUACAGAUCUCUUACAUGUUCUCUAGAUCUAUCCUGAGAUGAAGUUUAUAAAGAGUUUACGGAGGCACUAGCCCAGGGCUCCAGUUUUUGAGGGCGCCUCCCAAUUUAUUUUUUAAAUGGAUGUUUUGCAAACCUCAUACGUUAUAUAAAACUCGUUGGCACAGAUUAGGUGACUUGUAUUAAUAUUGUGGGGUUUCUAUGAGUAUAAUCAAUAUUCACGUCUUGGAUAAGUCGAUUUGUUUGGGAACAAUGUUUAAUUAUUGACUUUGUGACGUAUUGAGCUUACAAUGCAUCAGUUAAUACAUUCGUAUUGAUACUGUAAUUUGCGUUGGUAAUUUUUUUUUCUUAAUGGAGGGGAAACCAAAGGGUCCCCAACCCAGGGGCCCUCGGACAUCCGGCCCUGGAUACAUCAAAUGCUCAAAAAUAGAUUCCUCAUCUUCAGCUUCCUAGGCAACCUGAAGGUUUGAAUUGUUCAUAAUUCCACCUUAACAAAAACCUCAUUUCCAUCUGAAGAAAAGCAUCCUGAGAACAUAAUGCUGCCACCACUGUGGGAGUGUUCUUUUGAAUUGUGACCAAAGGUUAAUUUUUCUUUCAUUUAUACAGCCUUGGAUUGGAGUUUCCUCAUUGGGCGUUUUGUUUUCCAGUUGAAUCUCACUGGGUAUGUCGCAUGARAGGUGGGAAAAAAGAUGUGGAAAUAAUAGCUCAUAUUUUUCUGUCACAACUUGGCAUUUUAACAGGGGUGUGUUCACAUGAUAUUCACUGUAGAUAGCUGCUGUCUUUUUUUUUUUUCUUUUUUUUUGGAACAACUUACUGACCUGAAUAUAAGCAAAACCCAUGGCAGUUUUUUUUUCUUAAACUACUUCAUUAUGUAAGAUGUCCUGUUGUGACGCCAUCAGAUCAGGUCUCCUCCCUGAGCCAGCWGGGUGGAGUCUCCCCUCAAACAACCAGUGAAAUGUUUCAGCUGGUGAAAAAAACCAACUCAUUUUCCUGACCGCACCCAGCUGCUGCUCCAGACCAGAGCUGCAUGUAGUCCUUUUAUUAAAGCAACGGUAUCAAACACUCAGCAUGUAAAGAUCACACAGUCGGURUAAAUACACAUCGCUCCUGAAGAUAAUGUGUUUGCAUUUUCAUAUGAAAUAAACUGUUUAUGUUUA